GUCUUAGCCUCGAUUUCGCGAUUCCGCGCCCGCCAAGGUUUGCUCAGCGGUAAUUUAAAAAAGGCGGGCAAUACGAAACUGGAGUCCAGAUUUGAAUAUCUCGGGGGUUGACAGCCCUGAAACUUAUAUGUGUGACUAUAUGUCAUAUUAAUACACAUUCAACAAAGUACUAUGGCAGCAGGAAAAGUAAAGGUAGGAAUAAUCGGUGGUACUGGCAUAGACGAUCCUGACAUCCUCGAAGGAAGACAAGAGAAGACGAUUAUCACACCAUUCGGAUCGCCAUCUGAUAAUCUAGUUAUUGGCAAGAUUAAGGAGAUUGAUUGUGUUCUUAUUGCACGACAUGGUCGUAAGCACACAGUCACGCCAACACACAUCAACUACCGUGCAAAUAUCUAUGCCCUGGAGCAAGAGGGUUGUACUCAUGUCGUUGUUACAACAGCAUGUGGCUCACUUAAAGAAGAUUAUAGACCAGGUGAUAUUGUGUUUCCUGAUCAGUUUAUAGACAGGACAAACCAGAGAGAAUCAACAUUCUAUGACGGCAAGGAGGGUAGUCAUGUUGGAGUAUGUCACAUACCAAUGCAUGAACCAUACUGUCCAGAACUUAGAAAGAUUUUGAUUGACGUGGCACGUGACCUCGGGUUGACUCACCAUGAGAAGGGUGUGAACGUGGUCAUUGAAGGUCCUCGUUUCUCGUCCAAAGCUGAAAGUAAAAUGUUCCGUAUAUGGGGUGGUGACAUCAUCAACAUGACAGCCAUGCCGGAAGUAGCUCUUGCCAACGAGAAAGGACUUUGUUAUGCUGCUAUUGCUAUGGUAACAGAUUACGAUUCUUGGCACGAUGACCAUGAACCUGUAAGUGUCGAGGCCGUGUUAAAAACCUUCAAGAGCAACGUGUCUAAUGCCAUCAAGAUAAUCCUGGAAUGUAUUCCAAGGAUUGCGCAGAAAGAUUGGACACACUUGUUGAAGAAGAAAGCGGAUGACGUCAAGAGUUCCACGAUGCUGCCGAAGGCCUAGAGUACGUUAGUGUUCAUCUGUUCAUUCGUAUUCAAAGAGAAAAAUAACGAAUCGUUUGCAUUCCUUCUAAUAUUUUGAUUAAUUUUUAAUACUUAUUUUAAAUACACUUUUGAUGUUUUAAAAAAUGUAUAUUUU